UCCUCAUUCCGUCAUUUCCGUUCUAAAAAUCAUGAGGUCGAAGAAUUUCUCGCUGACUUCCUCUUUCUUUCGUGUGCAACAGCGAAGAAAGGAUCAAUACAAUGGCGGACGCAGCUCCAGCCGGUGGCGCAGGCGGCAGAGGCGGCUUCAGGGGCGGUUUUGGCGGGGCCAGGGGCGGCCGAGGGGGCCCCCGGGGACGCGGGCGUGGCAGGGGGCGCGGGCGGGGGCGCGGCAAGGAGGACCAGAAGGAGUGGGUGCCGGUGACCAAGCUGGGUCGGCUGGUCAAAGACGGCAAGAUCAGGAGCCUGGAGGAGAUCUAUUUGUUCUCCUUGCCCAUCAAGGAGUUCGAGAUUAUUGAUCAUUUUAUCGGGUCUGACUUGAAUGAUGAGGUCCUGAAAAUCAUGCCUGUCCAGAAACAGACCCGAGCCGGUCAGCGCACCCGAUUCAAGGCCUUCGUGGCCAUCGGGGACAGCAAGGGCCACAUCGGGCUGGGCGUGAAGUGCAGCAAGGAGGUGGCCACCGCCAUCAGGGGGGCCAUCAUCCUGGCCAAGUUGUCGGUGGUGCCCGUGAGAAGGGGGUAUUGGGGCAACAAGAUCGGGCAGCCGCACACGGUGCCUUGCAAGGUAACCGGAAAAUGCGGUUCAGUAACCGUCCGUCUGAUUCCGGCCCCCCGCGGUACCGGCAUUGUCUCUGCCCCCGUGCCCAAGAAACUCCUGCAGAUGGCAGGAAUCGAAGAUUGCUACACCUCGGCGAGGGGAUCCACCGGGACGCUUGGUAACUUUGCUAAAGCUACUUAUGCAGCUAUAGCAAAGACUUACGCCUAUUUGACGCCGGAUUUGUGGAAGGAGAUGCCGCUGAGCAAGACGCCGUAUCAGGAGUUUGCCGAUUAUUUGGCGAAGAAUCAUGGGGCGAUUGUGGGGCCUGCCAGGACGGAAGCCGUUUAGGUCGUUUUGUGAUUUUGUUUCGUCAUGAUUCAUCUCUGUUGAAUAAAGGAGGUUGAAGAGAUCAUCUGUUUUGUUUAUAUUAUUUAUA